UGACCUGAAUUCCUGGUGGUUGUACUCGUGUAGAUAAUAGUCGUCAUAAUGGCAUGUUUUUCAGUAUCGCAGGAUGUAGUAAGCUGUUCUAUCUGUCUGGAUUCACUGAGGGAUCCAGUAACUGUACCAUGUGGACAUAAUUUCUGCCUGAAGUGCAUAACUGAGUGUUGGAACCAAAAGGACCAGAGUGGUGUUUACAACUGCCCCCAGUGCAGAGAAACUUUCACAGCUAGACCUGUGCUUCGCAGGAAUACAAUGCUGAUGGAAGUCGUGGAAAACCUGAAGAAGACUAAACUUCAGUCUGAUGCUGAAUUUGAAACUCCUUGCUUCGCUGGACCAGCUGAUGUGGAGUGCGAUUUCUGCACUGGGAGAAAAUAUAAAGCCAUCAAGGCGUGUCUGACAUGUCUUGUGUCCUAUUGUGAAGUUCACAUCCAGCCCCACUAUGAAGUGCCUCGUCUGAGCAAGCACAAGCUGGUUACUGCCACCUCACAGCUACAGGAGAAGAUCUGCGCUCAGCAUGACAGGAUCAUUGAGGGUUUCUGUCGCACAGAACAGAAGCUCAUCUGUAUGCUCUGGUCAAUGGACGACCACAAUGGACAUAAAACUGUCUCAGCUGCAGCAGAACGGGCUGACAAACAGAAAAAGUUGGUGCAGAUGAAGAGGAAUAAGAAGACUCAACUUCAGCAGAGAGAGAAGGAGCUGCAAGAGGUCCAACAUGCCCUACAAACUCUAAAGGUUUCUGCGCAAAAAGCUGUUGAUUUAAUAGACACACUCUUCACUGAGCUGAUCAACUUCAUAGAGCAGAAACGCUCUGAGGUGACAGCGUCAUUCAGAGCACAGGAAAGAGCAGAGGCGCAUCGAGCUGAAGGACUCCUGGAGCAGCUUGAGAUGGAGAUUGCUAAACUGAAGAGCAGAGAUGAUGAGAUGGAGCAACUGCUGAAGACUGAGGAUCAUAUCGAUUUCCUCAAAAGCUUUGAUUCCUGCUGCCCUGCUCCUGUGUCUGAUAUCUCCAGCAUUACUUUCACGCCACAUUUAUCCUCCACUGACAUCAUCACACCUGCAUUCAAGGACAUACAGAAGAUGUUGCUGAAGUUAAGUCCUGGUUCCACUCCAAAGGAAGGUUUUAAGGUUGUUGGGGACAGAGUCCGAGUGAAGGCCUCUGUUGACUAUUCAAAAUCAUUCUGGGGGCCUGUCACUCACAGCAGUGUCGGCGUGGUAAAAGCUGUCACAAGCAGUAAUAACAUGACUGUUGACUUCCCUGAGUGGCCCAACUGGGGGGCAAAGAUCGCUGAUAUGGAGCUGGUCCUCUAAUGCAGUGGCGCAUUGCCAGGGGUUUAUGAAACUAUGAAAAAAAAAAAAAAAACGAAA